AACCUGUUCUUCUUCCCUGCUUGUUUCUACAUCACUAUUUCAAGAUUCCUCAGGCUGAGAUUUGUCCUCAAAAAUUAAAUACAAAAAAAAAUCCCUUUAUCCAAAAUUUUAUCAGCCUCUAAAAUUUGUAUGUAAAUUUGAGUCCCAGUUAACAAAAAUUCCCAGAAAUUGCAUCCCAUUAUCUAUUUUAUUCUGCUAACAUGGAUUUAUAAAACUGUAUGUGUACAAAUCUCACUCCCAUAUAGCUAAUAGCAUCCGUUUCAAUACAAAUCCCUCUACGCAUAGAUACAUAUUUUUUUGUAUGACCUAGUGUUGAUCAUUUUGCAGAUUUCAUCAAAUGAUUUAACCUGCCCAUGUAUUGAAACGGUGUAGUUCGAAUAUUGGGUCUGUAGUUGUUGCUUUUAUUAGUAUUAUUUGGGGUUUUUUAUGUUAAGAAUUAGUGGAUUGGGAAAAUUUUAUUUAAAAAUCUGGGAUUCUGUAUGAGUGGUUAGGGUUUUGAGUGAUGGUGGUGUCAGGGAAUGACCCGGUUGAAUCAUUUUUGAACUCGCUUCAGGUUGUGAAGAAUGUGUUUUCGCCCAUAGAAUCUAAUUUCAGAAAGGCAGCAAAAAAUUUGGAGCGUUGUUUCCCUGGUGUUUCCAAAAAUGGGAAAUUGAUUGGCAAUACUUUUAACGUUGAUAUUGAGCUGGUGACAGCUCAGUUGAAUGUGAAGGAAAAAAGUGGUACCGGUGGUGGUCAGUGCAUGGUGGUGAACUGUGGUGAGAAGAGUAAAGGGGGUCUUUUGAUAGGAGAUCCUAUCAAAUUUUUUGUUGGUAUAUUUUCAGAAAAAUGUGGAAGUAACAUUGAUAAUGAUAAUAAGAAUAAUAGUAGUAGGUGUGAUGGAGUUGCUGAUGUGAAUGUGAAGAAGAAACGAUUGAAGGAGAGGUAUGGGAAUGCUAACGGUGGGGAAGUGGAUAAGGUAUCAUGCACAAAUUGCUUGCAGUUUGCAGUGUCGUGGUCAUCUUUGAUUAAUGGUUUUGUUCAAGGCUUUCCAAGCCCAUUUAAAGCUGGGAAAAAGAGGGUUCAGAAGACAAGUAAUGGGGUUGGUGUUUGUUCUGAUGAUUCGUGUGUGAAACACAGGGUUGCAGAUGAACUUAGGCAGAAUGAAUCUAAGGGUAAAGAAGGGAAAGAUUUUUCAUUUGAGUGCUUUGUUGGAUUUGUGUUUGAUCAGUUGAGUCAGAAUUUGCCAAAGUUUGAUGUGUCUGCUCAGGAAAGUGAAUGCAAUAGUGGUGACACAGCAGCUUCUACUCCGGCUGACUCCAACCAGUUUGAUCAUCUGAGGGCUCUUGCAAGUAUUUUGGAAGGUAAGAGAGCAGACGUGAAUGGAUUUCUUGGGAACUUGAUGUUUGCACGUGUGGGAGGUAUGCCAUCAAAUAUUUUAGGAGUGCCACCUUCUGUGAAGGAAGCGAGUGAUGAAGGAGUUGGCACUGGUGUUACUCAGGAAGAGAAUGGAGGCAAUUCACCGCAAAGGUUGGCCAAUGGGUUACUUAGCAUACCAUUGUCCAAUGUUGAGCGUUUGAGAACGACUCUCUCCACUGUGUCACUGACAGAAUUAAUUGAGCUUUUACCCCAGUUAGGGCGACCUUCCAAGGAAGACCAUCCUGACAAGAAGAAACUAUUCUCAGUUCAGGAUUUUUUCAGAUAUACAGAAGCUGAAGGUAUGCUUUUUUAA